CAUUAUUAACCUUAUCACUAAGCAUGUGAAAAAGACGAGGGAAGGCCCAAAAAUAAAUAAAAAAUUAGGAUGACCUUAAUAACUAAGCUUUGUCCCAUUAGGUAGGCCCCACCAUAUCAAAAUAAGAACAACCCCCCAAGCACUCAAAUUUACCCCCCUUUUUCAGAGACCGUAAGAGAUGGCCAGACAAGAAGAAGAAGAUAAAGGUAGAGUUCAAUUGUUGAUAGCAAUGAAGGGCCAUCCAGGCACAGGCAAAACCACCUUAGCCAAUUCCUUAGCCUCAACUCUCAAACUCCCUCUCUUAGACAAAGACGACGUGCGUGACAAACUCCAGAGUCUCCAAGCCUCCUCCUCCUCCGCGUCUUCCGUACUAAACGACGCGUCGAACCGCGUCAUCUGGCAUAUCGCGGCCACCCAGCUACGCCUGGGCCUCAGCGUCAUCGUGGACUCGCCCCUCUCCCGUAGGGCCCACUUCGAGUGCCUGGCCCAGUUGGCGUCGUCUAGUGGGGCCCGCCUCUUGAUUGUGGAGUGUAGGCCCAAGGACGAGGCGGAGUGGCGCCGAAGGCUCGAGCGCCGCGCUGAGGCUGGUGGAGGGCCGGGCUGGCACAAGCCGUCCACGUGGCGGGAUAUGCAGAGGCUAUUGGACGGGUACGGUGGGUGCACGGAGUACGAUGUGGGCGAUGUACCCAAGCUGGUGGUGGAUACUACGGCCGCUUUUGAAGUUGAGGAGCUUGUCUCCAGUGUGGUCGAGUUUAUCGAAAUUCACAGCCACAGGGUGGGCGAAUGACAUCUGUCCACCCAUUACCAUGCUUAGAAAAAACAAUUUGCAUCUCAAAAUAUGUACAGCAUUUUUCCUUUUGUCUAAUGUCACCCAUUACCAUGCUUAGAAAAAAUAAUACUCUAAACUCUUCUAAUUCACGAAAAAGAGAGAUUCGAAUUCCAGUACAAAUUUUUUUUAGUACAUAUUGAAUUAUAACUAAGAAAAAA